AUGAACAGGCACUACAAAUGUACAGGAGUAUCCAUGGUCAUACAUCAGCACAUACCUGACAUUGCCACAUCACUCCACAACCUGUGGACUAUGUGCCAGGAGGAGGGUGAGUACAGGAAAGCAGUCAGCUACCUUGAUGAGGCACUAUGGAUGACAAAGAGAAUCUAUGGUCCACAUACAGCACACCAUGACAUUGCUUUGUCUUUUGACAUUCUAAGUACAGCUUACUUCAACCUGGGUGAUUACAAGAGAGCAAUGGCCUACUGUGAACAGGCACUACAGAUGUUCAAGACUAUCUAUGGUUCCUCACAUCCUCGCAUUGCAACUACACUCAAAAACCUGGGGCAUUUCUGGAGUGAUCUUGGUGACUAUGGAAAAGCAAUCAGCUACUAUGAACAGGCACUGCAGAUGCAACGGACUAUCUAUGGUCAGUGUACCUCACAUCCUCACAUUGCAACUACACUCAAAAUCCUGGGGAUGGCCUGGAGUGACCUUGGGGACUAUGGAAAAGCAAUUAGCUUCUAUGAACAGGCACUGCAGAUGUACAGGAGUAUCUACGGUGAGGGGACACCGCAUUGUGAUAUUGCCACAUCACUCAACAACCUGGGGUCAGCCUGGAGUAGCCUGGGUGAUGACAGAAAAGCCAUCAUCUACUGUGAAGAGGCACUGCAGAUGAAGAAGAGUAUCUACGGUCAGGGUACAGCACAUCCUGACAUUGCAAAAUCACUCAACAACCUUGGUUCAGCUUGGCACAACCUGGGUGAUUACAGGAAAGCAAUCAGCUACGGUGAACAGCAAAACACCAGAACCAGUGAUGCCCAGUGUUGCGGCUGGGACUGCUGUAGAAGAGAAGCACCCAUCUCCGAGUGA